UUGACUUUGACCGUCCAACCCUCUCCGUAUUUUACAAUAAUUUAAUAAAGUAUCAUAAUAUAUUAUACACGACCAACGGUUGUAAUUUAAUAUCAUUAUUACAUUUUUUCAAAUUGUUAAAAUCACGUUAUAUAAACGCGUUUUUAGCAAUUACAUUUUCUCCUCAUUUUUCUUUUGCUCCUUUUUCGAAUACUAUACAUUAUAAAAAUUAUAAAAGCGAUAGAAUAUAUCACUACAACAAUACACAUUCCGUGACAAGAGCAACCAAAUCAAUCAAUUCAUACAGAUAUACAAUAAGACGAUAAAAAUAUGGCAACAAAUUGGUGGAAAAUAAUGGUCUUACAAAUAUUGAUAACUACUGUAAUUUGUUCAGCUGGAUUGGAGCUUGGUGAUGACUCAAAAUCAUCAAAUGAAAAUAUGAUUUUGUUAUUCAAACAGUUUUUAGAGGAUAUAAAUAACCAACAUGCCAUUAAAGAUAAUGAUAAAAUAGAGAAAAUAAAAGAUUUAUAUCAACCAUUGCCGUUGACAUCAUUAAAUGGCAAAUAUUUUGACAAAUUCACAGAAAAUGAAUUAAAAAAUGAGGAUUUACAGCAAUCAAUAUUUGAAAACCUUAAAAAUAUGAGAAGUAUUGAACAUUUUAAAAAGAAAAGUGAUAAAUCAAAUUUAUGUUAUUUUAAGAUUUGCAACAAAAAAAAAUCUAUAGACGACUAUGACAAUUUCAUCCGUUACGUAACAAAAAGAUAUUAUAAUCCACAAGUUAUGUCAUUUAGAUAUUUAGAUGUAAUCAAUGUCAUUGAUGCACAAAAUUAA